AUGUCCGACGGUAAAGAAGGAAAGUCUGUAAAUCCUGUGAGUAUCACAGCCCCGACGUAUAAUGAUUUGGUGUCUCUCGUUGAGCGGUUGACCACGCAGUUGAAGACGGCAGACAAUAGUGCCGCUGUUCUCGACGAACUUGGAAAAUUGAAGUCGUCACUCACCGCUAAGGUUGAGACGGACCAGAAGAAGCCUGAACCCAGAGAACCUCUCGAGUUUCGCGUGGUGUCAGACCUGGCUAAAGGCGUUGAAAAGUUCCACGGACGAGAAACCUCCGUCAUGGCUGAGGAUUGGCUGUUAGCCGUUAAAGGGUUGGCGUCCGUCAACGCGUGGCCGUUUUCAUAUACACUGCAAUACCUACGCAUGCACGUAGAAGCUGCUGCGAAGGACUGGUUCAUGGGUCGCUCGUUCUGCGAUUGGACCGACUUUGAAAAAAAAUUUAGGAAGACGUUUGUGCGUGCAUCAAGUGUGUCCGAUAGGUUGGAUCUGAUGAAAGCCCGCAAACAAGGCAAAAAUGAAGCCUUGAUGGACUAUUUCCAACCGAAGAUGCGCAUGUGUCGCGAACUGUCCCUGUCAUUGGAAGACUCGAAAGAUUAUCUCCUCCGCGGUUUGUAUGCGAGGAACUUGGCGCUGUAUGUCGUUGGUCGACGGCACGUUGAUGAGGACGAGCUACUCGAAGACAUGCUUUCGUGGGACCGGAUGAACGCGUUGCACCAACCUACGGUAGGCUUCGAACGUAAGGCGGAGUUCACGAAGACGCAAUCUGUUGUAAAGAGUUCGACUUCGUGGGGCUCACGGCCUGCCGUCCAUCCGGUACAACCAAAACCGUCCAUCGCCAGUGUGUCGUCAGGAAGUUCGGUCAACAGUGCUGCGAUGUGCUGGAAUUGUAGAACCGUUGGACAUCUCUCAAGGGACUGUCCGACGCGUCGAAGGUCUGCCACCUGCUAUGGUUGUGGUGUCGUCGGUCACAUUCGGCCGAACUGUCCGGAACGGGGCCAGUCGAGCGUGGCUGUGGUAGCACGUGAGACGAGAAGCCACCCCUACCGGAGGGUUGGGCGAAUCAAUGGCCAAGAAGUGGACGUUUUGCUUGACACGGGUUCCCAUUAUAAUUUGGUCAAGGCGAGCGUUGCCAUAAGCUGUGGUCUCUCGGUGAAGCCUACUGACAAGUCGUUGUAUGGGUUGGGCAGUACCACUAUUCCUUCCGUGCGAGCCGUCGGUAUGGCUUAUGCCGAGAUUGCUGUGGAUGAUGUGUGUCCCGGACAAGUGUCCAUGUUAGUUGUGCCAGAUACCGUGCAGCAGCCCGACGUGAUAAUAGGGCGUGAGUGGCUAGAUAUGCCCUCGGUAGAGUACCGUAAGGUCGAUGGUCAGCUGCACCUAUAUCGAGCUGAGCCGUGCUCGGGCCAGACGGAAACCACCGUUACAACUGUUGGCUGUGACGCCGAUUUUAUACAUACUGUGGAACAACAUGUGAUCCCAGCUCGUUUGCCAUUGAUGGAGGCUGAUUUUGGGUAUGUUAAACUCGAUGCAACUGCUGUUGAACGUGAAGAGCUGAUCGAACUCGUGAACGAAUACCUUGAAUGCUUCGCUAAGGACCUAGGUGAGCUAGGCUGUACGCCUUUGAUGACUGUAGAUAUCAAUGAGGUGAAGUACAGGGCCGGUCACCAGAUGACUCAUGUGGACGCCCUGUCUCGAGCUCCGGUCUCAACUGAAGAACCACCGCUGGAUGAUGUAUUGGCAGAACGGAUCGAUGUCGUUGGUGUUCUAUUGUCUGAAGAAGAAAGAGUGGCGAUGUGUCAGUCGUCAGAUGUUGACAUUGCCCGUGUCAAGUUGGACAUGAGUACAACCGGCGACACCUGCGGUGAGUUUGUCCUAAAAGGUGGGUUGCUGUAUCGACGCUACCGCGAUAAGUUGUUGUUUGUGAUGCCCAAGAGUAUGAGGAAGAGCCUUGUGGUCACCGCGCAUGACCUUAGUGGUCACCCGGCUGUAGAUAUUACUAUGGCCAAUAUAUUACAAGAUUUUUGGUUUUCCGGGAUGCGGCGCUACGUGCGAUUGCACAUUAAUGUCUGUUUUCAGUGCUUGCUGACUAAGGAUCCUCGUGGAAAGCGACCUGGCUACCUCCAUCCUAUACCUAUUGGGAAGCGGCCAUUCGACACCGUUCACAUUGAUCAUGUUGGUCCAUUUGUGACUACUCCCGACGGAUUUAAGUAUGUACUUACGAUAGUAGAUAACUUUACUAAGUUCAUUUCCUUGUACGCAGUGAAAGACACCAGUGCUGAUCAACUGAUUGAACGAGUGCAAUUAUUCGUUGAUACCUAUGGACUACCCCGUCGAUUUGUCACGGAUCGUGGGAGCUGCUACACUUCGGGUGCGUUCGAACUGUUCUGUCUGCAGCGAGGCAUUGUGCUGAUAUGGAAUUCUUCGCGCCACCCUCAAGCUAACGGCCAGGUAGAGCGCUCUCACAGUGUUGUCAUGGCAGCACUCCGAACUGCUGGAGUAGAUCCUGAUGGUUGGUCUGAGUUACUCCCUGACGUCCAGAGAGUCAUAAACAACAGUGAAAGUAAGACUACAACAAGAACACCGUUUGAAAUGUUACACGGCUAUAGGCCGCGGUUCCACUUGGGAGCUCUGCGCGGGCUAUCCACUACUGUUGAUGAUUGGACACCGCCAGAAGGAUUGCGCAUUGGAGCCCACCAAGCUAUGGAAGUUUCCAAAAGAAAAAUGAAAAUAGCAUAUGAUGCUCGACGGCAUGAUAAUACUCAUUACCAAGUGGGAGAGGUGGUCGUGAUGAAGAGGGCUCCCAACUCUACAGGAGAAUCCACCAAAUUACAAAACCGCUACAGGGGACCGUUAGUGGUUUCAGAGGUACUUCCUGGAGACAUCUAUAGAGUUACUGAUUUGUACAGUGGUCGACCAAGUAGGUUUGCUACCACAGCUCAUGUCGCUCAGUUGAAAUCCUGGAAGCUGAUUGAUGCUGAAGAAGAAGGCAGGCUUGCGGCUGAGGCCAAUGUCCCUGGAGACGCUGCCACUACUCCAGAAAUGUCAAACCAGGAUGCUGAUAGACCUGAGUCCGUUGUUGUUCAGAAGGAAGGUAGACCACGCCGUGAACCUCGUCCACCCGUCUGGCUUAAAGAUUAUGAUACUUGUUCCUAA